AUAAAUGGUAUUGAUAUCCAGAACAGAGAAGAGGCGGUGGCCAUUCUGACCAGAGAGGACAGCAUCAACUUCUCACUGCUGCUGGCCCGACCUGACAUAGAGAAUGAGCACCAGGGGGACCCAGCGGAGGUGGAUAUGGAGAUGCCUCUCGGCAUGACUGUUGAGGCCCUCCACACCUGCCACCUGCCCAGCCUCUACCGAGAGGGGCCACACACCCCCACCCACAUCCUUAGUCUGACCACUCUCAGUAACAGUCAGGAGCUGGACAGUGGCGUGGGCCGUACAGACGAAAGCACCCACAACGCCGAGUCCUCUGAACAUGACCUGCUGGGAGACGACCAGACCAGCGCCCCAAACACCAACACAACCAACACCCCAGGCAGCAUGAGGAAGUUCAGGCCUGGGAAUACACCCUCGUCCCCCUUGCCCCACCUCCAAGAGAUACACCUCAGUAAUGACUCCCAGCCCAGGGUGGGGUUGUAUGGAGGAAAGGGACUGGGAGGGGGGUACGUACCCGACCCACUUAUGAUGAUGAUGAUGCCGGGUCUGACUGAGGAAGAGUGCGAGAGGUACAGGGAGCUACUGGAGAUCAGGUGUCAGUUUGAAAGAAACAGGAAGCUUGCAGAGAGAAGCCAGGGAGGAAGAUCAGGGACUGAGGAGGACGAGGAGGAGCGCGAGAUAUGUGAGGAUGAAGGGGGGAGUGACCCAAAAGUCGAUGUAAUCUGCAACGAGAGCAUGACGCAACACGAGAUGGCGUUGUUAGAGGAGGAACUACGUCAUCUCGAGUUUAAGUGUCGCAACAUCCUGAGGGUGCAAAAGAUGCAACAGCUGAGAGAACGAUGCAUGAAGGCGUGGCUUCUGGAGGAGGACGUCGUUGGCCGUGGAGCCCUACCCACUGGUCCUGAAUCCGCCCCCGACCACGUCACAGACCCAGAGCCCGCCAACGAGCUCCACCGCGAGCUAUCGGACAUCAAUGAGCUCCCUGAGCGGGAGAGAUCCGACCCAGACCCAGACCAGGACAAAGACAGCACCAGCGCCUACAACACAGGGGGAGAGAGCUGCAGGAGCACCCCUCUGGUCAGCACCGAGUUACUCCCUCUGUCUUUGUCCAUCCAGGAAGAGGGUAGAGGAGGGGACACCCCCAACAGACACAGCCGAGACCGGGCCGACAAGGUCGGGUCUAGGCGGGGAUGGGAGAGAGGAGGACAUGGUAGUCUGAAUGGUUCCUUCUCUCCCAACAGCUACAGGAAGUACCAGAUCCAAAUUACCAAUGCCAGCACAAGCCCCGUCCAUCCUAAAUUCUGGUCUCUGACCCGGGGGGAUGAUGUUGUCGGGGUGGGGUCAUCAUCACAGAGGGGGAUAGCUGAUGGCGGAACAACCACGACACCCCCACGGAAGUCCCCCAGAGCUAACCCCACACACCACGACAGGUCAGGGGGUCGAACCGCAGAGUCCAGCCCGUACUUCACACGGCGUCGCCAAGGCAACAGGCCUCCGGCACCGAAACGCUACCAAAGCUGCAUGCAGCUGCCGUCGAGCGACCCGGUGGUCCGGAUCGACUCCCUGGACUCUGUAGACCGAGCCGUGGUCCUGGGGAUGGGUCUAGGCGAGAGAGGGGCUGCAGCAGGCAGCAGUGGUCAGGCCAGUCCCAGGAGUGUUAGUGGUGCCCCAGCAGACAGCACCGAGGCCCAGGACAGCCACACAGGCCUCCCCCUACACCUCCCUCUGCAGCUGGGGCUGGCUGCACCUCGCAUGGAGUGGAAGGUGAAGAUCCGUAGCGACGGGACGCGCUACGUUGCCAAGCGACCAGUGAGGGACCGCCUCCUUAAAGCCCGGGCCAUUAAGAUCAGAGAAGAGCGCAGCGGCAUGACGACAGACGACGACGCGGUCAGCGAGAUGAAGCAGGGACGUUAUUGGUCGAAAGAGGAGCGUAAACAACAGCUGCUGAGGGCCAGGGAGCACCGGCAGCGCCGUGAGUUCAUGAUGCAGAGCCGGCUGGACUACCUGAAGGGAGACAGAGAGCCACCGGGGGGAACUAUGGACGGGAAGGCUGCAGGAGGACCUCCAGGCCUGCAGGGGGAGACAGGUUGUAGUCCCAGUAUCCUGGCCCUCAGCCAGAAGAAGUUUAUGAAGAAGAGGAACAAGAGGAUCCUGGAUAACUGGAUCACCAUCCAGGAACUACUCGCUCAUGGAUCCAGGUCACCAGAUGGAAAGAAGGUGUAUAAUUCUCUUCUCUCUGUUACUACAGUGUGA